CGAAGAGUUCGUCUAAGUUAAUAAUUAGCGAACAUCAUUAUUUAAUUUAUAAUUAUUUCAUUAACAGAAAGAAAAAUCGAUGUUAUUUAUUAGUUAAACUUUGUUUUAUAAAAAAUAGACGAUAGAUUUUUUUUUGAUUACAGACAAGUUAAAGAUAAAACAAUGUCUUCUAGUACGACAUCAAAUGCUAACACACUACCGACUAAUUCAACCACAAAAUCUUCAGUCGUUAACUCAAAAAGUCAAACUACAGAUUCCUGGAAAAAUAAUUCACUUCGAAGUUCUAAAGAAAGUACUACCGACAAAGAUAACACUAAAAGUUCAGAGCAGUACCCUCUAACUAACGAAUGGACAUUUUACCACGAUAAAUAUGUCGCGAAUGCCACGCCUGAGGAAUACGAAGAAAAUCUGAAGAGUGUUGCAACUGUAAAUACUGUUCAGAGUUUUUGGUCAGUUUAUAACAAUAUUAUAGGGCCAGAUCAAUUACAAUUUAGAAGUAGUCUUCAUUUUAUGAAAAGUGGAAUUCGUCCUGUAUGGGAAGACCCACAUAAUGAAAACGGAGGCGCAUGGUCAUUUCGCGUUAAUAAAUCUGAAUCAAAAAUAGUCUGGAGAGAAUUACUCAUGCUUUUAAUUGGGGAACAGUUCGAGGAUGUUGUUUCUAAAGAUGAUGAUAUCUUUGGUUUAUCGGUAUCUACUAGAUUUAAUGCUGAUAUUUUUACUAUUUGGAAUAAAAAUGCCGGUGCACAUGAAAAUUCUAAAAUAAUGGAUAAAUUGCAAGAAUUAUUAUUACAAGAAAAUAUUAAACUUCAAAGUCCAUAUUACAAAGUCCAUAAAGAACACGCUGCAUUUAAGAAACAAGAUACAAAUGGAAAAGAUUGAACAUUCUUUAUACUGAGAUACAUCUAUAUAUAUAUCCUUAUGAUUAUUAUUUCAAUUUAUCUUAUUAUGUAAUGUAAAUAUUUAAAACCACAAGCGAUAUAAUGACUAUCUCAAUAAUUAAAUUCUCGGAAUUCAAAUAAAUGAAUUCUAUUUGAAUUGCAUUAGGCUAUUUUUAG